UCUAAGCAUUUAAAUGAGCAAGAGAAAAAUAAAUCGAAGUCAUCCUUGGAACUUGUGAAAUAUAUGAUUUUGUUAAAAGUGUCACAGUGAAUACAUACAAAGGAGUAUUUUAAGAACAGUCGUGUCAAUUUUAUGAAAGUCAAAUGUGUUGAUUAUUCCUACAUACAUCAGUAAGUAUAUGUGUUGGAGUGGUAGUUUUCGACAUACGUGAAAGGGGGUUCGAGAACUCAAAAUGAAAAAGGCAUUUCUACUUCACAUCGCCUUUAUCUUGGUUUCAAGUACCUGUAGAUUCACGCGGGGCCAGCUGACUCCACCGCAUUUUGACCAAAACACAGCUUUUUUCGAAUAUGCUGAAGGAAAUUACACAGAUAAUCCAGCAUUGGCUUUCACACUCAAUGCCUCGGUAUCGAAUCCAAAUCUGAAUGUAACUAUCAGAGCAGAUGUCGCCUCAAGUAACAUUGUUUACGUAAACAAUACACACACCAGAAACAUCGGCAACAGAGUUGCCGGGCACGUGUAUUUAAUGACUAAUUUAGACAGAGAGAUGAAAGCAACUUGGGAUCUUGUUUUCUUUGCCCAAAGUAGUAACCCAUCUCUUUCUCAGGCUAUAUUAAGGGUUACCCUGAGUCUUAUAGACGUCAAUGAUGAAAGUCCUGUCUUCAGUCGCCCUGCGUAUCAGAUUACUAUACAAGAGAACUAUACUGUCGGCACGAGGGUAGCAAAUUCAGAAAUCGUUGCUAAAGACCCAGACAUGGGAAUAGGAGGACAUGUGACAUAUGCCAUAAAGGCAACAGGUCAGGCAGAGGAAUUGUACAAAGGAUAUUUUAACAUAUGCACAGAAUUUGCUGGAGCAUACUUAGUGCUGAAGAAAGAACUGGACUAUGAAACCUUAACCUUUUUACAAUACGAAGUAGUCGCUACGGAUGGGACUCACAACAGUACUGCAGAACUUCUAGUGAAGGUACAGGACGUGCAGGACAAGCCACCGGUAUUCCUUAGACUGCCAUACAUCAAAAGUGUCAGCGAAAAUGUCAAUGGGGCAAUAUUUACCGUGAAAGCGGUAGAUGGGGACCUAGGCAUACCAAGGGAGGUCAAAUACGGACUUAUAAAUGAUUCUUGUGCCAGCUAUCUCAGUAUCAAUGAAACAACUGGUGAAAUUGGAGUAAUAAAGGAGUUAGAUAGAGACAGUGGGGAGAUCCAUCAAGUGGGAGGAGUCUGUUCCAUUAAAGUAGAAGCCUAUGAAACUGGAACCAAGAAAUCUAACGAGACCCAGUCCAUCACUGACCUCACCCUUACUAUUGUGGACGUUAAUGAUAACCCACCAACUUUCUCUAAUCAAACAUAUGAAGGGUUUGUAGUGGAGAAUACGACUGGAAUUUCUAUCACAUUCAGUGAGAACAUUCAAGUAGAAGAUAUUGACCAGAAUGGUUACAACACAAUAAAAUUGUCAGUGUUACACUCCAAUAUGACGGAGCAGCAGAGAGUUGUAGCGUCGCCUGUAGAGAUUAUAGGGAAAGGAAUUGUUCUUCUCCGUGUAAACCAAGCUUUUGAUUUUGAAGAAGAAAAGAGUGUUCAGCUUGUGGUGAAUGCGACAGACAAACAGAACUCGUCUCUUUUUAGCACCAGUAACAUCACAAUAAGAAUCAAGGACGCAAAUGAUAAUGAUCCAGUUUUUGAAAACAACACAUAUGAAUUUGACGUGUCUGAAAACAGUUGUAACGGCACACCAGUCGGAAAAAUAAAUGCUUCUGACGCUGAUUCUGAUGACUUUGGAAACAUUUCAUACAGCAUUAAUGGUGCAGACAAUGGGUUUGGAAUAGAUACUAAAAGUGGUCAGAUCUACGUGGCAUCCAACGAAAGUUGCAGAUGCAUAGAUAUACAAUGUGAAGAGAGCCUAUUGGACAGAGAGAGAAUCUCGAAGUAUUACCUGACAAUGGAGGCUCAGGAUGGAGGAGGCAGACGAACACCUGUCUCUGUUGUCAUUCGCCUAAUGGACGAAAAUGACAAUUCUCCUGAAUUUCGUGACGAAUCGUAUGAGUUUAGUAUAAAAGAAAAAUCUAAUGAAUUUUCUUCUGGGAAGAAUUAUACGAUUCUUACAGCAAUAGAUGGAGAUAAAUUGGGCACUAAUAAUAGUCGCGUAUCUUACUGCUUUUCCGAUGAAGGAAAGCAUUGUGCUAAUGAUGAAUACUUCAAAAUAGACAAGAAUGGAACCAUUACAAUAACGAAGCAACUUGAUUUUGAAAAUUUAACUAAGUUAUCUGACUCAGACUAUAGGGAACAUAAUUUGAAGGUCAUGGCUUAUGAUCAUGGUAUUCAAUCUAUGAAUUCCACAGUAGGUGUAACGAUUAUUGUACAGGAUGUGAAUGACCAUAAUCCAACUUUCAGUGGAAACUUUGAAGGAAGGGUUAAAGAAAAUUCUCCCUCUGGGACAUAUAUAUUAAGUGUAUCAGCUGAAGAUGGAGACGGGACGGCCCCAAACAAUGAAGUGUCCUAUUUCAUUUUCCUGGGAGGCUCUGAUCAAUUUAAGAUGGAUGGCAAUUCAGGGAAUCUAUCAGUUCAAGUUGGUGCAAAACUAGACAGGGAGAGUGUAUCUAGUUAUAAUCUAACAAUUAUUGCCAUUGAUAAAGGAAAUCCUCAGUUAACAGGAACUACAAACGUUACCCUGAUUAUUGAUGACGUAAAUGACACGCCUCCUGAACUUCUGAAUCUUCCCGCCAGAGAAGAACUUGUAGAAAAUGCGGAAAGCAAAAUAAUAUUCAGAUGCAAUAGCUCCGAUAAAGACAUUGAUUCAUUGCUUUCCUACUCAAUUCAAAUUAAAGAAGCUUAUGACUACCUCGGUCAGAAAUUUAACGCUUCUAAGGAUUAUUUCACGAUCAACAACGCAACAGGAGAAAUAAGUGCUAGAAAUUAUAUUGAUGCCGAGAAGGAGUUGUCCUUUGUAUUGAGUAUUGUUGUAACAGACACAAAAACACAUAUAAACUACUCCGACAAAGCCAAAGUUUCAGCUGAGCUGAUUGUUAACGUAACUGACAUGAAUGAUAACCCACCAGUAUUCACAGCUAAAUCAUUGUCUGCUGGAAUUCUACGAAACUCCCCGUAUAACACAGCGGUAUUGGACAUGAAAGAAUUCGUAACUGAUCAAGAUGUUACUGAAAAACACAGGCGACAUAAAUUCUACAUGUUGAAUAUAACAAACCACGGAUUGAAAGAUAUUCCUAGCGUCAUAACCACAGGAUGUAAAAAGGCAUUCUGUGUGACUGAAAACGGUACAGUUCUUUCUAAUUUCUUAUUUACCGGAAAAGGAAGUAUGGAAGUAGGAAUCAGCGUCAAUGAUACCGCUGGAUCCAGUGAAACAACGUUAGAUAUUUAUAUCAUCGAUGAAUCACAACAACUUUCGAUGCAUUUUCGAAGACCGAAAAAUGACGUUAAUAAGGUACAAGAAUAUGUAUUAAGGAAUUUGUCAGCUAAAAUCGGCUACAAAUGUGUGUUUGAUGGAAUUAAUCCAUAUCAAGACGAAGAAGGGAAUAUUAUUGAAUUUGAAUCGCUGUUAACCUUCCACGUCAUAGACGAAAAGGAAAGAAUAGUGCUGGAUGCAAUCUUUGUACAGGGCGUUCUAGAUCAGUAUGGGGACGAUCUAAAAGAUUUCCGAAACCAUUAUGGAGUGGCUGCCAUUGGUGCGUUACAGAUAACUGAUGUGAAAGACACGGGCAGUAAAAUCAAGGAGACGUAUAUACUGGUGGCAGUUAUUGUUCUUCUUACAUUAAUACUAGCCAUUGUCAUUUACUUCUAUAUUACAUCGAUAUCAAAAUCUAAAAGAAAGUUGAAAGCUGCCACUAUAUCCUCCACGGAGAAGAAAAAUGGUCAAAUUUUGGGUGAUGCUGUUAUUCCAGGCAGUAACAUGUUCUCGAAAAAUAAAAACCCUUUAAUCGAUAAAGAAGAGGAGAUACAAAGAACAAUUGGUAACCAAGAUAACGUUAGCUUGGCGGGAAGUGAAGAAUCUCUAGACUUCAAUGAAGUAGAAUACGACAAAGGUAACUACUAUCUCAACCAAGACCCCGUGGAAGAAAAGGAGGCAGUUCUAGAGAUGUACGGGGAGGACGGAGGAGUUCCGAUCGGUAACGAGGACGACAUGGCGCUGUUAAAACAAGCACUGCAGCAACACGACAAAUUGGCAUCAGAAAAUGGGAAUGGCGGAUCAAAGGGUGGCGGCUUAGACGUUAUAGAGGGGAAGGUUAAUGAGGGAUACGAGAUAGUUGAGGCCACAGAUGUUUGACGGAUUGAUUGAUUGAAAAAUUAGAGAAGUAAUUGCAUAAUGUACUAUUAACUGUGAACAAUCAAGAUACUUGUUUAUUUUUAUACUGCAUAUUUUUUUAAAAAUCUGAAAAUUCAAAGGCAUAAUUUAUUAUUUCAUCACACAGUCAUGUUUGUGAUAUUUCAUUGCAUUUUAUGCUAUGAUUCAUGAGGUUGAUCAAUCUUGAAAUUAAUAUUGAAUUCUCGCACAUCAGAACAAGUUAUCCAUUUAUAGCUUCUGCUAUAUUAUUGUUUGAAUAUUGUAGUCCUCUUGUAGUAACUUAAAAAUGAUUUCUAAAUAGAUUUACAUAAAUUUUACAUUUCAUUGUGUAAAUAUAUUUAAUAAGUAUGUUUGUAAUUCUUUUGUCAUAAAAUACCAACUAAUUUAUGUAUUUCUCGUGCUUUUUAUGUUUCCUCCGUUAUUCUUAUUAUCCUACGUUUCGAACUGUCGUUGAUGCCUUGGCAAACUCAAACUGAGUUUCUUAAAUAAAUUCAUUAUAACAAA